AUGGGUUCUCACAUUGUUUUUCAUUCUUUUAGCACUCGUGUAGUUCAAAAGUUGAUCGAGACUCUCAAAACCAAGCAGCAGAUUUCACUGGUUAUAUCUGCCCUUGAGCCUGGGUUCCUAUCUCUCAUAAAGGACCUUAAUGGAAAUCAUGUUGUGCUGCGUUGCUUGCAAUGUCUUAGUAGUGAAGAUAACAAGUUUAUCUUUGUUGCUGCUGCAAAGUACUGUGUUGAUAUUGCAACCCAUCAACAUGGCUGUUGCGUCUUGCAACGAUGCAUUAGCCACUCAACUGGGGAAUAUCGAGAAAUGUUGGUUGAAGAAAUAUCCACCAAUGGGCUUCUUCUUGCACAGGACGCAUAUGGGUAA